AACAACGGAUCCAAGAGCAUAUCCAAAUGCUCGGUUCGACCACUUCAACUUGGUCAACCACUCCUCUCUUGUGCUUUGUCAAGCCUUGGCUUGAUGAGGACCCCCUGUUCAGCUGAGCUCUUGACCUAAUAGGCACACUAGCAUGCAGGUUGGGCUUACACCCGUUGAUGUGCUUUUCUCUCUCUCUCUCUCUCUCUCUCUUUGCUGCCGCAGGCAAGUGCUUGACGUGGCUCCUAUCGCCGAUACGAGGAUCGGUUGGGGUGACCGGCCCUCGUGCUCAGUCCGGAUGGAUAGAUCGUCAUGAGUCCGUCCGUAGUGAAUUAAUUGCGGCCAAGUGGACCAGUGUGAGAGGAACAGCGCUGGACUCGGAUGAUUCAGGCAGCACGAGUAAUAUGGGUAUUGCGACCAAUCGAAUUCAAUGUCCACACACACUCACACACGCAUACACGCACACACACGCAUACAUUCCAGUAUACCUGUGAACAAAAUUGGAUUGGGCCUCCACUGACCAGCCUAACGGCCUCACAACAACAAAGAACAGAGUCAGCGGGGGGAGCUGAAGGUUCGAUCGAUACUUGGCGCGCAGUGCUACGAAUUUUGGUUAGUGGUGUGAACUUGCCGCAUUGGCGGAUCCAGACUAUCCGGCCGUUUCGCAUCACUAGCAGUACAGGCAGACGUGACUAUCAUGAAAGGAGCAGGAGACUAUCAGGUGUCAAUUUACU